AUGCCAUCGGACAACGUAUCCGCCGCGACACGGCUCCGCAACCGUCUCAAGACGACAGACGACCUCAUCCUUUUGCCUGGAGUGUACGAUGGCUUCAGCGCGAGGAUCGCACUCGGGGUCGGCUUUGACGGCCUCUACAUGACCGGCGCAGGCACUUCUGCCUCACGCCUGGGUCUUCCAGACCUCGGCUUUGCCACCCUCAAUGACAUGCGCUCGCACGCCGAGAUGCUCGCCUCCCUGGACCCCUCCGUUCCCCUCGUCGCGGACGCGGACACCGGGUACGGCGGCCCGAACCAGGUCGCCCGUACGGUGACGCAGUACGCGCAGUCGGGGGUCGCUGGCCUGCACAUUGAGGACCAGGUGCAGACGAAGCGGUGCGGCCAUCUGACGGGCAAGGAAGUCGUCGACGUCGAGGUGUUCGCGGCGCGCAUCAAGGCUGCGAAGCUCGCCCGCGAGAAGAUUGGUUCCGAUAUUGUCGUGAUCGCCCGCACGGAUGCGCUGCAGACGCACGGGUUCGACGAGGCGCUGAACAGACUGAGAGCGGCCAUCGCUGCCGGUGCAGACGUCGCCUUCCUCGAGGGUGUGAGGACCGAAGAGCAGGCCAGGGAGGCGUGCAAGGCGCUUGCACCGACGCCGGUCUUGUUGAACAUGGUGGAGCAUGCGUCGACGCCCUCGUGGACUGCCGCGCAAGCGAAGGACAUCGGCUUCAGGAUGAUGAUUGUGCCGUUUGCGUCGAUUGCCCCGGCGUAUGAGGCUAUGCGAGACUCGUUGACCAGGUUGAAGGAGACGGGCGUGGUUGGGACGCAGCCGGACUUUACGCCGCGCAAGUUGUUUUCCAUCGUUGGAUUGGACCAGGCGAUGGAGUUUGACGCUGCUGCGGGAGGGACUUCGUACAGUCAGGUAAAGGAUGCGACCAACUAG